UGAAUUCCGGAAGCGGCACGCGCUGGGAGAUUCGUACCACGACUGGAUUGCUAUGGGUCGGAGAAGAGCGCUGGGCAAUGGGUCUCUGGGCCGGGCCCUUAUCCGCCAUCAGACUCAGAAGAGCCGGAGCCAUCGUCACCCCGACUCGUGGUUGCACACAAAUUCUCUCACUUAUUUUUUUUUUCCUAGUGAUAUUGUGGUCCAGAUAGUAGAUGCUCGAAACCCACUGCUGUUUAGAUGCGAAGAUUUGGAAUGUUAUGUGAAAGAGACAGAUGCUGAGAAGGAGAAUGUUAUUCUGAUAAACAAGGCUGACUUGUUGACUGCUGAGCAACGGAGUGCCUGGGCCUCGUAUUUUGAAAAAGAAGAUGUGAAGGUUAUUUUCUGGUCAGCUUUGGCUGAACCUGCUCAGUUGAAUGAGGACUCUAAGCUGGAACAAGUGAACCAAGAUGCUGGAGAAGCCAACACAUCUGAAUCCGAAAACUCCAGUUUUGAGGAGAAUGAAAUUCCACACAGAGAGACCGACCAUCUCUCAGACAGGGAUUCUUUCUCACUUAAUGAUUCCUCUAGUGAUGAAGAUGAUAGUGAAUAUGAGGACUGUCAGGAGGAAGAGGAGGAAGAUUGGCAGACAUGCUCAGAAGAUAGCUGCCCUGAUGAGGAAGCCCAUGCUCAGGGCUGGAAAAAAAGCUGCACUGUGGAUUCUGAGGUUCAGGGAAGGAAAACCCCACAGAGGAGGCAGAUACACAAUUUUAGCCACCUGGUGUCAAAGCAGGAAUUACUGGAGCUCUUUAAGCAGCUGCACACUGGGAAGAAGGUGAAAGAUGGACAACUUACUGUUGGACUGGUGGGCUACCCUAAUGUUGGUAAAAGUUCAACCAUCAACACCAUCAUGGGCAACAAGAAAGUAUCUGUGUCUGCCACACCUGGUCACACCAAGCAUUUCCAGACUCUGUAUGUGGAGCCUGGCCUAUGCUUGUGUGACUGCCCGGGCCUGGUGAUGCCAUCCUUUGUGUCCACUAAGGCAGAGAUGAUUUGUAAUGGAAUUCUCCCAAUUGACCAGAUGAGAGAUCAUGUCCCACCUGUAUCACUAGUAUGCCAGAAUAUUCCACGACAUGUUUUAGAAGCCACCUAUGGCAUUAAUAUCAUAAAGCCUAGAGAAGAUGAAGAUCCCUAUCGACCUCCAACCUCAGAAGAACUGUUGACAGCUUAUGGAUAUAUGCGAGGAUUCAUGACAGCACAUGGACAGCCAGACCAACCUCGGUCUGCACGCUAUAUCCUAAAGGAUUAUGUCAAAGGGAAACUACUAUACUGCCAUCCUCCUCCUGGAAGAGAUCCUGUGACAUUUCAGCAUCAACACCAGCAACUCCUAAGGAAUGAAACGAGAAGUGAUAAAAUAAAAAUGCAGCCGGGUGGAAAUAAAAAAACAAAACAGAUAGAAAAUGUAGUCGACAAAACUUUUUUUCAUCAAGAGAAUGUGAGAGCUUUGACCAAAGGGGUUCAGGCUGUGAUGGGUUACAGACCUGGGAGUGGCCUGAUGACUGCAGCUACUCUGACCUCUGAAAAUGGAACCGGGAAGCCCUGGAAAAAACAUGGCAACAGAAAUAAAAAAGAGAAAAGUCGUAGACUCUACAAGCACCUGGAUAUGUGAACCUGGGCUACAACAGAAGUGGCAUCUGCACUGUGCAGAUGGAAAAGAACAGAAGCUGCUUGUUGCCUGUGCCUUGCAGCCACAUCCAACAAUCUUGCUAUCAAGACUAAAGGGCUCCUGGAAAUGCCAUCUCUGACACAAGUAGUCGUUGGAGCCCCAGAAAUGUACUCCUAUAGGAGGCUGGACUUCAGAUGAGGGAAUGGAUGAUGUAUAUUUGUUUGUGUAAACAUACACAAAAAUGCAUAUUAAUUUGAGUUGGGAC